AUGAACAAAUACUUAUUACUCGCUUUAGCUGGUACCAUCCUCUUAGGUGCUACUGCUUUCUUAGUUGCUAAGAAGCACUCCGCUGUCUCUGAUAUUAAGAUCGAUGAAGACGUUUACACUUAAUGGAAGAUCUUCAAGAAGACUUUCGGUAAGAAGUUCGCUGAUCCCGACUAAGAACACUACAGAAUUGAAGUCUUCGCUGCAAACCUCGAAACCAUUAAGAAUGAUAAGACUGGUACUUUGGGUAUCACUCAAUUCGCUGAUCUCUCUCAAGAAGAAUUCAAGAGCAUCUAUCUUACCUUGUAAGUUGAAUCUUCUGAUGUUGAAACUGCUGAAUACGAAGUUGCUGCUGAUGAUGUUUCAAUCAACUGGGUUACUGCUGGUAAGGUCACCGGUGUUAAGAACUAAGGUCAAUGUGGUUCCUGUUGGGCUUUCUCUACCACUGGUUCUUUCGAAUCUGCUCUCAUCCUCGCUAACAAGGCUGACAACACCCUCAACCUUUCUGAAUAACAAUUGGUUGACUGCUCCAUUUUGAACAACGGUUGCAACGGUGGUUUAAUGGACAGAGCUUUCACUUACAUCAAGAACCACAAGCUUGGUACUGAAGCUGCUUAUCCUUACUUAGCUAAGAAGGGUAAAUGCCAAAAGGUUACUGGUACUUAAUACUCUCUUAAGAGCUUCACUGAUGUUAAGAAGGGUGACACUCAAGAUCUCUUAAAUUCUCUCCAAAAGCAACCCGUUUCUAUUGCUGUUGAUGCUUCUAACUGGUCUUUAUACACUGGUGGUGUCUUCUCUAACUGUUCUACCGGUCUUAACCACGGUGUCCUCCUCGUUGGUUAUGAAAACAACGCUUGGAUCGUUAAGAACUCCUGGGGUACCACCUGGGGUGAAUAAGGUUACAUUAGACUUGCUAGCGGAAACACUUGCGGUCUUGCUAACGCUGCUUCUUAUCCCAACGUUUGA